UUAGCUAGCCCAGCUAAUACACAACUCAUCAGAGCAAUUUUACUUUCCAAGUUGCACUGGACCCUGGCAAAUCAAGAAUCAUGGAAACCGAACCACCACAGCCACGCUCCAGCCCCACCCUCCUCCGCCGUCUGAUACACCUCGAUACCGCCGUCUCCCUCAAUCUUUAUACCCUUUUCCAGCCCAUCCUCCCUUACUCGCUCCUAAAAUCCCUCGAAGUCUCCGGCGAUGGCCGCCUCUUCUUCCCCGUUACCCUCUCCCUUCUCCUUACUACCACCCCCAUUGCAGCCAUCCCGACAACCCCCGCCACUCUUCUCCUACUAAACCUCCUAAUUGGAGCCCUUUUCGACCUUCUCCUAAUUGGUAUCAUCAAACACCUAGUCCAGCGGCCGCGACCUGUUUACAACAAGAACAUGUUUCUUUCAUUUGCCGUUGACCACUGGUCUUUUCCCAGCGGCCACUCCUCUAGAGUUUCAUUCAUUGCCACAUUUUGUUUCUUCUAUUUGGGUGAAAUUAGAGAAAUUUUGCUCAUAAACUUUUUGAAUUUUGAGGCCGAGAGUCUGGUUGUGGAGUAUUUUGUUGUAAUGGUGGGGCUGUGGGCUGCGAUCACGUCGGUUUCUAGGGUUCUUCUUGGCCGGCAUUUCGUGCUUGAUGUUAUUGCAGGGGCGUGUUUGGGUAUUUUUGAAGGUUUGGUGGUAUUUCGACUUCUUAAUUAUGAGAAUUUCUCCACCUGGUUUAGAUGACAACUGCUCAAAUGGCUUAAUAUUGAGCGGAUAUCUCAACCAGCUUUUACGUAAAAAUGAGACUUAAACUCCAGAAAUCUAUCAGCAACUACGUCAGAGAACGAUGGACCAUAUGAGUUUCUCUGUGGCAUUCUUUUCUGGAUAAUUAUGAAGGAAUUAUAUAGGAUCAGCUUACUCUGCUUGCACCAUUCAUUGAAGAUAUUGCAUCUUCUUCUAGAUCCAAUUCAAAGAUCGAAUCAUUUCCUUGUUAACCUCUCUACAAAAUUGCGGCCUUAGUUGUAUGUUUUCAUUAUGCCUAAUGGCAGUGAUUGAUAUAGUUGCAACUCCUCCAGCUGAUAUACAUGAGGUUUCAUACUGGUGAAACAAUGUCGCUUCAUUUGGGCCAUUGUGCCUGCUGUAGAAGAAGGGAGAUGCAUCUCGAAAACCAGGGCCUACAGAUUUAUCGCAUCUUGGACUGGAAUGGGGCCUUGAAACCUGGGUUCCAAGUUAUGUUAUCCUAGUGAACCGGAAGCAAAAGAAAACCACCACGGAUUGGUCGAGAUUCUCAUAUUGGUGCAUUUCAGUUUAUACUCUUAAAAGCAACCAAGUCAUGAGACAUUCAAAAGACACCAUGUCGGGUUUUUUGUGAAUAAUCACUCUUAUUAUACAAUGCACUGGCCACAUACUUGUUAUGUAAUUACUUUAAUGCGGUCAAAUCCAUUUGGAGCUAUAACUUUCUCGAUUCACAUUACCAAACUUUGCAUGCUAUGGUCGGUCACCAAGUAGAAACGGGCGCAUCGACAAAGAAGCAGCGUCUCGUAACACAGCAACCAACUGAAACGAUAUGUGGGCUGUUAGGAUUGAGCCCGUGAGAGGACCAGACGGGUCCAAGUUUCCCAGUUGUUUGAUUAAAGGACACACGGGAAGAGACUUUUGGUCCUUCCUAAAAUUCUUUCAGCCUGUUUAUGAGAUAUGUGUCUGGAUCUUUGUUUGUGCCAAACGUUGGUGUUUUAUCUUCCCAAUUGUUUGCAGAAGCAUGAAUAGGUGGUCCUGUCACUAAUGCAGUUAAUGAUGGCUUUGUUGAUAAGCAGGAAUAAGCACUUUUAGGGUCAUAGCAUCAGUACAAUUUGUGGUAUUUCAUUAAGAUGCUAGUCAGUGUCUUUUUUGACAUAAAAUGGUCCCCAAAGAUAUUCAACUUCACUGUAGCAAGAA